ACAUGAACUUCUUCUCAGUGUCCUCCGAUGGCCGGAUAACGCAAUGGACAAUUGUGAAGAGUGAGCUGAGAUACACAGAUAUCAUUACACUGAAGCAGGGGAAUACAACUGAAGGAGAAGGCGACAACACACAGCUGCCAAGUCUAGGAUGUGGUACAGCAUUCGAUUUUCAUAAAACAAUGGACUACAUGUUUCUUGUUGGCACAGAAGAAGGAAAGAUUCAUAAGUGCUCCAAAACAUAUUCAAGCCAGUUCCUUGAAACGUAUGAUGCUCAUCACAUGGCGGUUUACUCUGUAAAAUGGAAUCAUUUUCACCCGAAGAUCUUCAUCUCGUGUAGCGCAGAUUGGACAGUGAAGAUCUGGGAUCACCAUUACCUGUAAGAAAUCAUGAUUAAACUUGAAGACUAAAAGGCCCGAGGCUUUGUUGGGGCCAUAGCGUGGCACAAGUUUGAUUCUCAGCUCCGUUGCGUUACACACACAUGACUCUAAGAACUCACAAAACGUCACGAUUCUUAAUCUGAUCUUUUCAAGCGAACUAAACAUAUUGCCUUGUAGAUGAGGAAGUGUUUUUCUUUUAAACGGUUCUCUAACGUUUCAGUCCAGUUUCCUAUUUAGUAUUAGGAACCUGACCUGAAUCGUUAUGAAGCCAUUUUGAUUGGAUCUCAAUUC